UAUCGAAGAAGGAAUGAAAGUGCUGGAGGUGUUAAAAGAAUGGCUUAACCAAUCAAAGAUCUCAAGUUACCCUCUUGUACCACGUGGCUCGGAGGUGUUGCCUGGGCAUACUCUUUUUAAAAUUGAAAGGUUAUUGGACGACUACUUUGCCAAGGAAAAUAGUGAUAAGCUUCAGCAGGAAAUUGUAAAGUUUCGCCGUAUUACCAGCGAAAGAAUAUUAAUCCCCCGCGAAAAUUCUAUUUUUGAGCCCAAGGGAACGCACUAUAUAUUGGGCGACAGAGUUGUAUGCAUAUCAGAAUCUGCAAUUGUGCCAUGCGGCUUUCAAGGAACUGUCGUGGCUAUUUACGCAAACACUCACAGAGGCGAGCCAUGCGAAGUGGACGUGCUGUUCGAUCGUUCGUUUCUCGGUGGCUCGGACUUGGGCGGCCGGUGCUCAGCUUCUCGCGGCAUCACGUUAAAACUUGAGAUGUUACUAAAUUGCUCGUUUGUUAGACGCGUUGCAAGUAAAUAUUAUAAUUCUGCUGCUGCUGUGCAUGAAAAAUAUAAAGCCCCCCCGCACACCAAAACUAUCAAUCCUAAAUUAACCAAUCCAAGCCCCCUUAAACAACUUCCUGGUCAAUAUGUUGUCACCAGCUGGCAGCAAGGCGAGAGCAGCCCCUCUAGUGUUUUCCUAAACAACUUCGCUUCCAAGGAUUCCAAUUCACCAGUGAACCGUCAUCAUGCCCCUAGUCAUCUCCCUCCACGUGUUCGUCCGGUUCGACGUUUCCAGCAAUGCGAAACUCGUUGGCCAGCUUGGUCGCCUCCCCGCCAUGUGGACGACCGUCGCGGCGAUCAGCAGCGACCACUUCAAAAGGCUUCCCAUUUAUGGGCUCAAAUUGAACAAAUAAAUUUGCAAUAA